AUGAGGAUGGGGAUGGACAGUUUGCUGCUUCCGACGGAGGGAUCACCAAUAAAGCGGCGAGCGGGAUUGGGAAGAAAACAGGCUGGAAGAGAGAUGGGUAGUCCAUUUCACCAAGCACUCAGGAGCCUGUGUUUCAACACCGAGUGGAAGUAUUCCAUCUUUUGGAAUCUCAAACAAGCUCAAAUAACUGGGACGGAUGGCAAAGUCAGUUCUCUGCUGGGAUUAGGUUAUGCUUGCUCUUCUACUACUUUGUCACCCAUAGCUUACAUCUUACUGUUUGGGACUUCUUCAAACAUGGCCAAUCAAACUACUUUGUCACCCAUAGCUUACAUCUUACUGUUUUGGACUUCUUCAAACAUGGCCAAUCAAACAAAGCUUGUGGUUGAUAAUACAUUGUACAUUGUUCAGAACUGCUCCAGGUGUUGUUCACCCAGUUCAAACACUCAUUAUGGGUCAACAGUCAACUAUAUUUUGAUAAAGACUGUUGCCGUCAUGGCCGUUGGUCCACGUGGAUUGGAAUUGGACGCCUAG